AUGCUAAGGGAUUCUGUAGCAUGGCUGGCUGUGAAGGUGCAUCAUCCAGCCUACCUCAAGCAGCUCCCAGUCCAAGGAAACAUCAAGGGUUUGGCUGGCAGUUUCAGAAUGGCUUCCGUUAUUGCCUGUUUUGGUAUACUCACUCUUCUUGGCUACCUUGCAUGCCAUCCAUUCCUCCCAAUGAAAAAACAACAGGACAGCUUGAUUAAUCUCAAUAUACGAAAGGAAAAUCCCAAGGUGGUGAAUGAAAUAAACAUUUAAGAUUUGUGUCUUACCAAAGCAGCUUAAUGCAGGUGUUGGUGCACUAGGACAUUUCCUGCCUGUGAUGGACCCCAUAAUAAACAUGAGUUGACAGGAGAUGCUGUGGGUCCACUCAUACUGAAGUAUGACAAUAAGACCAGCAGAAAGAGUGCUGAUGAGUGUAAGGUUCAGGAGUGA